GAUGAGGACAAUGAUGCAGAAGAUGCAAAACCCAAGACAAAGCUCGGUUUCGUGCCUGGUCUGGCACCCCCUAAAAUCCCAGAGGGGGAGAAAGUGGACUUUGAUGACAUACACAGAAAGCGAAUGGAGAAGGACCUGACGGAGCUCACUACUCUGAUUGAAGCUCACUUUGAGAAGCGUAAGAAGGAGGAAGAGGAGCUGCUCAGCCUUACAGAUCGUAUUGAUAAACGCCGGUCAGAGCGAUCAGAGCAGAUGAAGAUCAGAGCAGAGAGAGAAAAGGAGCGUCAAAACAGAGUAGCUGAAGAGAAAGCCAGAAAAGAGGAUGAAGAGGCAAAGAAGAAAGCUGAUGACGACGCCAGGAAGAAGAUGAUUCUGUCUAAUUUGACAUUCACUGGAUACAAGACACAGACAGGGCCAAAGAGACAAACAGAGAGAGAAAAGAAGAAGAAGAUCCUCAAUGAGAGACGUACAGAGCUGAAUGUUGAUCACAUGAGAGAAGACGCGCUCAAGGAAAAGGCCAAGGAGCUGUGGGAAAAGGCGCGCCAGCUGGAGGCUGAGAAGUUUGAUCUUCAGUAUCAGCAGGCAAAGCAGAAGUAUGAGGUCACCGUGCUGCGAAACCGAGUCAGUGAUCAUCAGAAAGUCACAAAGGGGAGAAGAAGCAAGCGUGGCCUGAGGAAGUAACACCUGACGUCAACCAGCUAGAAUCCAGCAUCAUCUGACAACGAGGAAACUACAGAGAGGAACGUUAAUCACAUCUAAAUGUUGUUUAAACACUUAAACAUGCCAGAACAAGUUAGAACGCAGAGAUUGUGAAUAGGAUGCUCUUAAACAUAUUUGAGAAAUAAAGUGCAUGCUAAGUUCACCUGCAGGAGUGGAGGAGACUGAUCAGGUGAUGUGUUGCAGCUUGUGUUUAUUUUACAGGGACUUGACAGGAGGCGUGUGAUCCAUAAUUAUAAUUCAAAGGAACAAAAAAUGACAACUUGAUAAAUGUGACGCUUAAUGUAUGUCCUACCACUAAAUCUGUCAUGUCUGGAGUACUGAGAGUGGAUUUGAGGCUGAUUUACUGGCUGUUGUGUGGUUGCAAGAAAUAAAAGUCUUUAUUUAAAAAAG